GUAGCUGCUGCAAUAAUAGCUAUCUAGCUCAACUCUGAGACGAAGAUGUGGUAUGAUGUUCUGGUCAUUCGUCGGUCCGAUGGAGCCGGGACAUGGGCUAGUGGCGAAACUAGGUUGAGAGCUUUUCCGUAAAGCCGGUUGACCCUUGCUGGAAUACCGAGAUGAUUAACAAUCAGAUUAAUCAUGCAUGUUGAAUGAUUGACUGGUGGUGGUGGUAGUACUUUGUCGUUGCUUAGUGAUGAGGAGUGGAUUGGGGCAAUGAAUGAUAGUUACCAAGUGUCCUCUUCCGACCCGCUUCGGCCUCCGCAGUCUUUCCGCCGCGGAAGCUCCCCCAUCAUUAAUUAUUAUUCAUAGAAACCGAUUCCCCCAAUUUGAUCACCGUCGGCAGUUGUUCAACCUGCCCUUCCCCCCUCCGCCAUUCAAUCGUCUCAACACCCCUUAUACCUCUCCCAUCACCACCCCACACAAAAAGAAAAAGAAAUACCACAAAGAUGGUCCGCCUCAGCCAUCUCGCGAGCUACCUCACCCUGGCAGCCGCCACCGCCACGGCAGCGGUGGUCGACCUGGUCCCCAACAACUUCGACUCGAUCGUGCUCAAGUCCGGCAAGCCGGCGCUGGUCGAGUUCUUUGCCCCCUGGUGCGGCCACUGCAAGAACCUCGCCCCGACCUACGAGGAGCUCUCGCAGGCGUUCGCGCACGCCACCGACAAAGUCACCGUCGCCAAGGUGGACGCAGACGAGCACCGCGACCUCGGCCGGAAGUUCGGUGUGCAGGGUUUCCCCACGCUGAAGUGGUUCGACGGCAAGAGCGACACGCCCGAGGAUUACAAGGGCGGCCGGGACUUGGAGAGUCUGACGGCGUUCAUCACGGAGAAGACGGGUGUGAAGGCUCGCGGCGGCGCGCAGCAGAAGGAGCCGAGUUUCGUGCAGAUGUUGACGGAUGAGUCGUUUGGCAAGACCGUUGGUGGCGAUAAGCAUGUGCUUGUGGCGUUCACCGCGCCGUGGUGUGGUCACUGCAAGAGCCUGGCUCCUACCUGGGAGACGCUGGCCAAGGACUUCGCGCGCGAGGCCAACAUCGUGAUUGCCAAGGUCGACGCCGAGGGUGAGAACAGCAAGGCGACGGCCAAAGCCAACGGCGUGACGGGCUACCCGACCAUCAAGUUCUUCCCCAAGGGCUCCAAGGAGGCCUCGGUCUACUCGGGCGCCCGCUCCGAGCAGGCCUUCGUCGAUUUCCUGAACGAGCACGCCGGCACCCACCGCGCCGUCGGCGGCGGCCUCGAUGCCGCGGCCGGCACCGUCGCCGCCCUCAACAAGCUGAUCGCCUCUUCCACCCCGGCCACCCUCGCCGCCGAGCUGAAGAAGGCCGCCGCCGGCCUCGAGGACCAGUACGCCCCCUACUACGUCAAGGUCGCCGACAAGCUGGCCCAGAACGCCGACUACGUCACCAAGGAGCUGGCCCGCUUGGAGAAGAUCAUCGCCAAGGGUGGCUCUGCCCCCGAGAAGGUCGAUGACCUCGUCUCCCGCAGCAAUAUCCUGCGCCAGUUUGCCUUCGAUGAGGCCCGUGAGGAGAAGGAUGAGCUGUAGAUCAGAUAUGAGUUAUGAUUUUUGUGGGUUGAGAGGCGGCUGUUGUUGCUGCUGCUGCUGCUGCGUACGGCAUGUGAACUUAUCGCCGCUGUGUGUUUUUGUCCAUUGGGACUAUUGAUCCUUGUAUGAUACCAGGACAGAAGAACAAAUGAUGAGAAUGUGAUUCUAGCAUAUACCUGAAGCAA